AUGAAGAUAGCUCCUGCUGCUCUGCUUUAUGUCAUUGCAGGUGUUGUAUCAGGUGCCCCCAGUGCCAGUCCAGUGUUGUCUGCAGUGUCUGACACAGCCAGGUUCAGCUGGGAGAUUCCACAGGGAGGGCUGGGGCCAGACAGUAGUUUCUACACUGUCACUCCUGCUGGUGUCACUGUGUUCAUAGUGUUUAGUGAUGGGACGUUCAUCCCACUCCCCAGCUACAGAGACAGACUUGUGUACCAGGGGAACACAACGCCCAGGAAUGUCACCUUCACCCUCAGCAACAUCCAGACAUCUGAUGCAGGGACAUACACGUGUGGGAAUGGAGGGACUACUAUCGUGAUACAGAACUGUGGACAGAAACUUGUUGUUCUUGGGCGUGUCCUGAUCAUGAGACGAGACGUCACAACAUCAGAUCUCGAACACAAACUCGCCAAUUGA